AUGCAUGUUAAAGCAAUUAAGAUGAGAUGGGCAGUUGGUGGGGUCAAUUACUGUUAUUUAUUAUCUUCAGAGGAUAAAACAAAAUCGUGGUUAAUUGAUCCAGCUGAACCCUUGGAAGUCUUGCCUGCUUUGAGCGAAGAAGAGAUGCGAAGCAUUGUAGCUGUUGUGAAUACACACCAUCAUUACGAUCAUUCUGGAGGUAAUGUUACGUUGACUACAACUUUGAGGAAAAGACACAAUAAUGUAAAAGUAAUCGCUGGUUCUGAUGCUUCUUUUGGUGUCUCAGUUGUUCCUCAGCAUUUGGAUGUCUUCAAAUUAGGGAAUUUGGAGGUCGUUUGUAUUAGAACACCUUGUCAUACGCAGGAUUCAAUUUGCUAUUACGUAAAGGAUUCAGAGACAGCUCAAAAUUGUUUAUUCUCCGGUGACACUUUGUUUUCUGGCGGAUGUGGUAGAUUCUUCGAGGGGAGUGCUGUCGAUAUGGACGUCUCUUUGAAUUUAAGAUUAUUGGAAGGGAUAGGUGAAAGAAAUUGGCCUUUAACUAAAGUCUAUCCAGGCCACGAAUACUCAAAGGGUAAUGCUGAAUUCAUUCGAAAAUUUGUAUAUAAAAAUCCUGGUGAUAAUACAUCUUUCGAUGAAUUUGAAAAAUAUUGCAAUACUCAUGAAGUCACCACUGGUCAUUUCACAGUACUAGAUGAAUUGAAAUACAAUCCGUUUAUGAGAUUAGAAGAUCCAAAGAUUAGAGAGGCUGUUGGAGACAAGAUUGGCAAAUGGUCAAGAGAUAAAGUAAUGGAAAAAUUACGAUUCAUGAAGAACACCAUGUAA